CAUCUCACACAUGUGUGUGUGCGCGCUUGUGUGUGUGUGUGUGUGUGUGUGUGUGUGUGUGUGUGUGUGUGUGUGUGUGUGUGUGUGUGUGUGUGUGUAUCAAGCAUAUUCUUCUCGGUGAACACAGAGCUGCCUGCUGACUCUCAGAACUGCUCGCCGCCGGCAUGUACGCCUACGCCGCGUCCACCCCUCUGCCUCGCCGGUCGGCGCAAACGUCGCCCCCGUUCACAAACUCAGACCUGGUGACCCGGAUCGGAGCGCCAGCGCCGCACUCCGACAUCGCAGAUCUGGCCGCACUGAUUGGAGGCAUCAUCAGCGCCGUGCUGCUGGUCCUGAUCUGCGUCAUCGCCGUGCUGCUGUGGUGCCUGUCCCGGCAGAAGGGCUCGUACGCCACCAACGAGACGGACGACGACGACGACGAAGUCGUCGAAGAAGACGACGGCGACGACAACAAGGCCCUCCAGAUGAAGGAGCCGCUGAAGCCCAAAGACGACGAUUAGAUGAGCGGAACCGUGGAGGACCUGAAGCCUUGGUAGCGUUCCACAGGCAGGUCCGACUCAAGGUUUCAGAAGAGAUUUUAUUUAUUGUUAUUAUUAUUUCAGUUUUUUACAGUUUUGAAGCUUCUUUUCAAUGUUCGGCAACUUUGCACAUUGGCGCCACCAGGUGGUGGCAAGACCCAACUGAACUGUGAAAAUCUAACAGAUACAAUCCAGAAGGAGAUUAGGACUUCAUUUCUGCGGUCCGAUUUCAUGCUGGCCGACCCCCCGACACACACACACACACACACACACACACACACACACACACACACACACGUUUCGAAUUUAAAUGUAGAUUUUUCCAUUUUGUUGAUUUGUUUUUUUGUUUUUUUUUUUAAAUAAAGUAAAGACAGGAUGAUUCCUGAUGAGCUGAUAAAGCUUAUAGUUUUGUACUGUUUGUGGUUAAGAAAGCAAUAAAGUUCACAAGUUCUGAUGAGUUGCAGUUCCUAUUUCUUUCCAUAAAAGUUGAUUUCAGGACUGUUUUGACUGGAUUUGCGCCUCUUCAAGGCUCUUAUCAAUUAAAAAAAAAAAAAAAAGGAGUUAAAGGUGGGCUUUCAG